CACUGCACAGCAAGCAGCCGACAGUGAAGUACAGUGAACUGUACGUGACAACAGCCGACGUCUGAGAGGCCGCGAUGCGGCAGAAGCCGAAGAAGGACGUUGUCCUCAAGCGGAAGAAGACGCGUUAGCUGUGCGUCCACUUGCUGAGGAAGUGGUGGUGUCCUGCGACCAGUGGUCAGGACCGCGAGUCGGCGAGCGGCAAGGGAAGAGACGGCAUGUCCGAGGCCGGUAGCGGCUACCCUGUCCGAGAGGCUCAGGGUGCGGCGGGGCCACUUCCUAGGGCUAGCGCGUUGCCUGGGCCCGCGUACGUUUCUGCAGUGGCGUUGGCUCGCCUGUUAAAGUGCUUAGUCUGCCACGACUACGUUCUGCCGCCCUUCGUGCAAUGCCCGAACGGCCACCUGAUGUGCUCAGCGUGCCGACAGAAGAACACCCGCUGCGUAGCCUGCCAAAGCCCGAUCGGCAGCAUCCGCAACCUGGCCAUGGAGCUAGUGGUCAGCAUGGCGCUCUUCCCGUGCAAAUACUCGCUCGAGGGGUGCCCAGCACUGCUGUCCUACUCAGACUUGCCCGAACACGAUGAGGACUGCCAGUUCACGCCGUGCCAGUGCCCAUGUCUGGGAGGGUGGUGCAUGUGGCGUGGCCCUCUUGUGAAUGUAAUGACCCACCUAGGCCACAUGCACGAGGGCAUCGGGAGGCACGAGGAAGAGUCAAUAGUUUUCCAAGCGACGGGAAUCAACAGGCCCGGCACGGUCGACUGGGCGAUGAUACAGACGUGCUUCGGCCACCACUUCUUUGUGGCGCUAGAGAAGGAGGAAAAGCCUGACGGCCGCCAGCAGUUCUCUGGCAGAGUGCAGCUCAUCGGGUCGCGAAGGCAGGCCGACAAGUUCACCUACCGGCUCGAGCUCCACGCUCACGCGCGCCGGCUCGCCUGGGAGGCCACACCGCGCAGCAUCUGCGAGGGCGUCGAGGGGGCCACCAUGAGCAUCGACUGCCUAGUCUUCGAUGGCAGCACCGCCCAGCGGUUCGCCGACCACGCGGACCUCAACAUCAACGUCACCAUCUGGCGGUCCUGAUUCCGCGUAACAUGCCGCGGGUGUGUUUCUGUGUGAACAAGCGUGGCACUCGUCGCGUUUUGUUAGCGGCUCCCUCGAAGGAACGUUGCGACCAGCGCUUCGACAUCG